AUGUCCCGCCCAGUCAAUGGCUCCGCGUUCACUCUCUACGGCUGGUCGGUCUGCUUCUGGGCCAUCCUCAAUGCUUUCCAGUAUGGCUAUCACAUCUCCGUGCUCAAUCAGAUCCAGGCCGUCCUCUCCUGCAAACUCGUCUCACCAAACCUCGCACAUGCCCCUAGACUCUCCUCAUGCAUACCCAUGUCCGACCUCACCUUCUCCCUCGUAACCGCCAUCUUCACCGUCGGUGGUCUCGCCGGAAGUCUGCUCGCCAACUCCUUCAUCGACUCAUGGGGCCGCCGAGGAACUCACCGAUUCUGUGCUAUUCUUGUCGCUCUGGGUGCCGCUCUCAUGGGCCUCAGCAGCAACAUAUACUUCCUUCUGCUCGGGAGAGUCAUAAUCGGCCUAGGUAACGGUCUCAGCUUAUGUGUCGGCCCUAUCUUUUUGGCAGAGAUAGCACCCUCAAGUAUCAGCGGAAGUAUUGGUGUCCUCACACAACUCGCCAUCGUCUUUGGCAUCAUGUUAACCCAAUUUAUCGGAAUAAACUUGGCAACUCCCGCUCUGUGGCGCUUCGUCUUCUUUAUCUCAUUUUGCCUCGCCGUCCUUCAGGCCUUCUCUGCUUCAGUUGUCGUCGAGUCUCCUGCAUUCCUCCUUAAGCAAGGCCGAUUGGAAGAUCAUAAACAUGCUGCAUAUAGACUCUGGGGUACUUCCAUACCAUCUCUAGCAUCCGAAGAAUCUCUUUUGAAUGAAGACUUCGAAGAACUCCGAGCUGCCUCUCCGGACAAUGUCACUAUUUCUCAAGUUUUUACUUCCAAGGAAUUACGGAAACCUCUGCUGAUUGUGUGCUAUGGUAUGCUGGCGCAGCAAGUGUCUGGGAUCAACGCAGUCCUCUACUAUAGCAAUGACAUUCUCGCAAAAUCUCUGCCAGAGUUUGGCCCCUACGUGUCACUGGGAGUAACUGUUAUCAACGUGAUAAUGACAUUCCCUCCCAUCAUCCUCAUAGAGAGGAUGGGGAGACGCCCCUUACUCCUUCUCUCUACACUUGGAGGAAUGGCAUCGGUGGUCGCGCUUGGCUAUGGCCUUGAUUCCGGUGCUCCAACAUUUUCUAGCCUUGCCAUCAUAACAUUCGUGAUGUCUUUUGCAACGGGUUUGGGACCUAUUCCUUUUGUGAUGAUUCCAGAAGUUUCGCCACCAUAUGCCGUCUCUGCGCUAUCGUCUGUCGCUCUAUCUUUGAAUUGGAUCGUCAACUUUAUCGUUGGCUUUUCAUUCUUGCCUCUUCGAAAUGUUCUAGCAGGCGGUGACAGGUUCAAGGAGGGUCGCAUCUUCUAUCUUUUCGUCUUCUUGCUUGGGUUUUCGGCCUUUUUGCUGUUCAGGGUAUACCGGCCGUAG